GUUUCUUAAAAGAGACAAAACGCUGAGGAGGAAGACUCAACAGAGAGUGUUGGAGAAACAUGAUCGGUCUGAGCAAGUUAUGCAUCGUUCUCAUCGUGGUGUUUGCAGUCUUCCUCCUUGUCAUAGGCACCCAACUCUUCCACGUUUACUGGUACCGGAAACGAUUCAGGCGUCAGAACUCCACCGCCGGCCACCCUGAGUUUCCAGGAGACCCUUUCUCCAUCCCCUCCAAGGAGCUCCUCUACUUUUUCUGCUGGAAACGCCAGUCCCGCAUCGAACCCCACGCCGAUCCCCACGCCCAUCCUGCUACCAGGCCCGGUAGAGUGCCGUCGGAGGAGAUCAACGACGUUGACGUCCUUAAAUGGCAGGGAUUGUAUGGUUCUUCAAGGGUUUUGUUCACCAUCAAGGAGGAGGAGAGGGAAGAAAUGGAGCCACAAGCAACUGACAAAUCAUUGUCUGCGGAGACAAAAAGUGUAUCACUGGGGGAAUGUUUAAGGGUUGCUGAUGAAUUGCCAGAGUUGACUGUGGCCGUUGGUGUGGACGAAGUGACACCGUUUUCGACGCCUUGUGCUUCUCCACCUUACUUCACUCCCUCCCCUUCUCCAACCCGAGACGUCGGAAAUGGGACGACCUCACCAGAAAAUGUGGAAAUCGGAAAUCUCGUUUUAGCAAUAAAAGGGCUGGAAAAAGAGUGCUCGGAGAGUGAUGUUUCCAGCGGUAGCAAGUUUUCAUUUGUGAGCUUGGAGGUCCACAGCGACUAAAAUUUCGCCGGGAGUCAACCCGGCGGAUGAAUCGUGAAUCCUCGGUCGUAAUUACGUAAUUACUAAUUAGUGUGUUUUCGUAUGUAUUUUGAGUUGGUGAUGUGAUAGCUGACCGGUUUGCCUUAUCUGUCACGCAAAAUGUGCUUUUAACGUUAGCUGUUGGCCACAUUUACCACUAAACCUCAACCCGACUGGUAAAUAUUUCAUGGCCGUUGGUUUAAGGGUGUUGUAUUAAGGUCAGGACACGUGGAAUUGGUUUUAACGCUUUCCACCGAUGGCCUAAUUGGUAAAUGGCACAUAUGUUCUGAUCUGACCCCCAAUGAAUGCUUAUAGUUGUAGCCUACUUAUUGCUUUCA